CUAGAGGUUAGCACUCGCUCGAGUCUUGCACUCGCGCUGCAGUGUUUUUACCGGGAGAGGGUUGAGCCUGAGCGAUGUGAACUGAACUGGAGUUCAGUGCAAUGGAGACGUUUUGGCAAGAAUGAAACUUCAAAAGAAUGAACCUAUACAAUACGAUGCAAAACUAUAUGAAACAAAAGUAAAACUCUAUGAGUUCGCGUUGCACCACGCAUAGACCACUUGGAAUUGUGUGGUUUCUGCCACAAGGAGACUGGACUUUGUGUUUAGGACUCCAGCCGACGUCAACACGGACGUCUAGACCUAAACACAGACGUCUAGACCUAAACACAGACGUCUAGACCUAAACACAGACAUCUAGACCUAAGCAUGGCUGCUACGCUGCCAUCUACGCUGCCAUCUACACUGCCCAGACCAGACUGUCAUAUGGACAGGAGUGGGAGCUUUUUUAAGGUCUCAGAUGGACUCACAGACUCAGACCUAAUCAUGUCUGCUACGCUGCCCAGACCAGACUGUCAUAUGGACAGGAGAGGAAGCUUCUUUAAGCUGAUAGACACGUUUGCGUUUGAGAUAGGGGAGCUGAAGCAAGAGAUGGUCCAGACCUCCCCAACAGAGGACAGGGACCCAUACCCUAUGGUUCUACAGGGGUUGGAGGGGGAGUUGAGCGGGGUUUACCUCCAGUCCUCGCCCUGUGCUGGCACCAGUGGUGAAAGGGAUUCUGGGUACGACUCCCUGCGUAGGCGGAUGAGUGUGCUGGACAGACUGAGGCAUACGCACCCCGUGUGGCUCCUGCUCACUCUCAGUGACACGGAGGCCACACAUAUACUGCUGCAGCAGCCUCCAGGGGUAUUCCUGGUGAGGAAGUCAUCCUCUCUUCAGAGGAAAGUUCUGUCUCUAAGGGUCAGUGAUGAUGACGCCUCAGGAGGAGCCGGCGUCUGUGACUUCCCUGUCAGAGAGAGUCAGUACACCUUUUCUCUGGAAGGAUCUGGGAUCAGUUUUGCAGACCUGUUUCGCCUGGUGGCCUUCUACUGUAUCAGCAGGGACGUCCUUCCCUUCACCCUGAAUCUCCCAGAAGCCAUUGCAGCCUCCAAGACUCAGAAAGACCUGGAUGAGGUGGCCCAACUAGGAGCAGGAUUCUGGCACUCUGCUCUAGGCAGCCUGCGAAGGACAACCUCUCCCUCUCGCCCUCCACCACAGCGCCCUGACAGAGACGGUGACAACCAGGGUGCAGAGAGGACACAAGGGAAACAGAGUGUGACUCGCCACAACAGCGUUCCUCCAGCUCGUCCCCCUUCCUCCUCCUCCUCUCGCCUGGAGAGAAGCCAGUCCAACGGGGCUCUUUGCUUCGUCAACCCCCUCUUCCUCCAGACUCACCGGCGGCUUGAGGAAGACCCUCCAUCCUCUUCCUCCUCUCCUUCCCCCUACGUCACACACUCCACCCCCAGCCCAGGAACUACCGGUGGGACGCCUUCGGCCCCUGUCACUGACCCCAACGUGAACAGGAAGUCACGCCCACCUCGGCCCCCGCCUCCCCAUUCCCUCUUAUUCCCGCCCCCCCGUUCCCUCUCCCAGCGCCGCCAAGCUCCCCCUCCCCCCACCCCUCUACCCCAGAAGCCCAAGAGCAGCAUGCCCGAAACGCCCGCAGCCAUUGUUGUCACCAGGCAACCACUGCAACCUUCAUCCAAUCAGAACCUUCGACCCACCCCUCGCCCUCCCAUGGGUGCCAGGCACAGCAGCCAUUCCAAAAAGAUGACAAGCAGCGCCGCCAUCCCUGUGCCCCACCAACACCCUCAGCACCCUCCUCCCCCACGCCCCAAUAAACCUGACAUCGACGCCCACCGGUGCCACAUCGCUCUUGAUGACGAAACUAUUGCCAAGGCUCUGUCCCGUGCCAAGCUUCCCCCUUGCCAGACACCAGCCAUACCCGCUCCCUCCAUAGUGGGAAAUGGUGCUGGUAGCCCCCCCAGCCCUCCGGGUAAGACCCCCAGGCGAGAGGGACAAGAGGGGACGCUGAGCGACAUGUCCAUCUCCACCUCUUCCUCAGAUUCUCUGGACUACUCCCACCCUCCCCUCUCCCUCCCCGCCAGCCCCCCUCUCAGAUUACGGCAUCACCUUGGCAACAACAAGGACAGCAGCGACGACGAAGACCUCUGUGACGAAGAAGAGGAAGACUACGGCGUCAGCCUGGAGAACGACCUGGACCAGGGCCUCCGUCCUCCCUUCAAAGCCCACCGGAGAGGGGUCGGGGUCAAAGUUGCGCUGAACUUCCGGAAAGUUUCUGGAGUCUUCAGCACGUUCAUGACCCCAGAAAGGCGAGCCGUGAGGAGGAUAGCGGAGCUCUCCAGGGACAAGAGUUCCUACUUUGGAUGCCUGGUUCAGGAUUAUAUCAGUUUUGUACAGGAGAAUAAGGGGUGUCAUACGUCAGGCUUAGACCUCCUGCAGACCCUCAGACAGUUCAUGACCCAGAUGAAGGCCUACUUGACACAGAGCUCCGAACUGGACCCGCCCAUCGAAUCCCUCAUACCCGAGGAUCAGAUAGACUCUGUCCUGGAGAAGGCCAUGCACAAAUGUGUGUUGAAGCCACUGAAGGGCGUAGUGGAAGUGGCCCUGCACGACUUCCAGGUGAGCAGUGGAGGCUGGCAGCAGCUGAGGGAGAACCUGGCCCUGGCUAAGACCCGGAGGCCCCAGGACCUGGGUGUGGACGGGGCCGUGCCCCCUGACCCCAUGGCCAUCGAGAAGAUCCGCCACAAGUUCCACAACAUGAGGAAGAUGUACUCCCCGGAUAAGAAGGUGUCGCUGCUGCUCCGAGUGUGUAAACUCAUCUACACCAUCAUGCAGGAUAACUCAGGGAGGAUGUACGGAGCAGAUGACUUCCUACCGAUGCUGACCUAUGUCCUGGCCCAGUGUGACAUGCCUCAGCUGGACACUGAGAUCCUCUACAUGAUGGAGCUGCUGGAUCCCACACUGCUGCAUGGAGAGGGUGGCUACUACCUCACCAGUGCGUACGGGGCCAUGGCUCUCAUCAAGAACUUCCAGGAGGAACAGGCAGCCAGGGUCCUCAGCUCCGAGGCCAGAGACACCCUGCACCAGUGGCACCGCCGACGCACCGCCCAGCGCACGGCACCCUCCGUGGACGACUUCCAGAACUACCUGCGAGUCGCCUUACAAGAAGUCAACAGCGGCUGCACAGCCAAAACCCUCCUAGUCCACCCGUACUCCACCACCGAAGAAGUAUGCUCGCUCUGCGCCUACAAGUUCAAAGUUCAUGACCCCGAGAACCACUCCCUCUUUCUCAUCACUGAGGCAACCAGUCAGCAGCUAGCCCUGGACACACACCCCCAGCGAAUCAAAGCGGAGAUACACAGCCACCCAAACUCGCAACCCUUCCAUUUUGUCUACCGCAGAGUGCCCAACCUUAACCUGUGUAUACCAGCUAUCCCAGCUAACCAGCACAAUGGCAACUGCCUACUGCCUAGCCAAUUGGAUGAAUGAAACUGAAUUGAAAUGAAAUAAAAAACCUUAUUGAUCCCUAGAGGGGACAUUGGAUUUUUCACUAGUGUACAAACACAUACAGGAACAAUUCAGACUCAUACAUCAGCACACAUAGACCUGAGAGAGCACUGAUGGAGGGUGGAACAAGUACUGCUGAGACUGAGGCAGUCCUAAUAUGGACACCACGCGGGUAUGAUGGAAUGAUACUGAAUGGUGAUACUGAGGAUGUCCUAAUAUGGACGUGUAUCCAUAGAAUGGUAGUGAAUGGCGGAAAUUGAAAAAAUACACUGUAUAUUUCAACUAUAGGGUCAGAGAAUGUUGCUGUGUGUUGUGAAGGGAUCCUAGACUACUCAAUGGAAAAAGUAGUUCCUAUUCUUCUAAAAGGAGACAGAAAGAGGAAGCAGGUGUGGAGAGAAGUGUCUGGUGUCUGCAUGCAUUUCACUCUCUUUUUUGGGAUACGGCACGUGAACGUCAGGAGUUGGUUGGUCAAGUCCAGUGUCGGGUCAGCUUGGACUUUGUGUUUCCUAAAGAAGGAGCACAAAAUGGCCGCCGCAGAGCCCUCCAUACUCUGAUACGCGCGCUCUGAGAACUGACUGACGUUUCUAGUAGUAUGACUGGGGCCUGAAGUAUACUUUUUAAGAAACACCCUUGUGUGACUCUUUUGUGAGGUCAUCGGACCAGGAAGUUCUCUUACAUCACAUCCUCAUGGUCUGUUUUCGUUACAAGGACAAAUGUACAUGCAUGCUCCUCUUGCAGAAGUCAGUGUAUCUGACUGUCUUCUUCUAACACUGGGACCUGGUUAGAGAACGCUGAGCUUCUGCUCCUUUCCGGUGCUUGACUUGGGCAGGAGCUCAUCGAAGCUAAGUACCUGCACCUCAAAUGUUCUGCUGCUUGAGCUCCUGUUCCUCUUAUAGAAUAUUAGCUCAAAAGUAUUGUGGAGCCCCUGCACCUGAAUUUGAACAGUACCGGCAGCCAGAAUCAAGUCCAGCGCUGCUGCUUUCUAUCCAGGUCAACACAUAGAAUGGGAUGACCCGACUGUGUGAUCUCACAGUUGUCUUUUACAUUACCUCUGGGGCUUGAUUCAAUCCGUAUCACCGAAAUCCAGCGCUAUAGCGGAAGGUUGACGUUUAUUGUCAUUGAGUCUUGCCCUGGGAGCAGCAGUGAGCGAUUUCCGCUAGAUGGGCCAGCUGCAAAGCCAAAAUUGUCUAAUUCGUAAAAAUUCAUGAAAACUAAAUGUAGCUUUUUGGUCAUAAUUUAAGGUUAGAGUUAGGCAUUCGGGUUAGCGGUGUGUUUAAGGUUAGAGUUAAGGUUAGGUUUUUAUGACUUUGUGGCUGUGCCAGCUAGUGACCACUCUGUAGAGCUGACUCCAGGGCAAGAUUCAUGACAAUAAAUGCCAACCUGCAUUUAGCAUGCUUGAUUUCUGAUUGAGCUGACAAAAUGCAGUUUACUAUGAAUGCAGUCUCCAUAAACGUGGGAACAUUGCCAUUAAAUGUAAAUCGCGCUAUAACUUUGAACUUCAGCGAUUUGGAUUGAAUCGAGCCACCCCACUGGGCACAAACUGGUUGAAUCAAUGUUGUUUCCACAUCAUUUUUUUUUAAAUCAUUGAAAAAACGUGGAUAGACAUUGAAUUGACGUUGUCCUGGUGUGAUGUGUGAAGAAGCUAAACAGAUGCUUUGCGAUGGUUGGCUGGACUUUCAUGUGGAUUUGGCGACACCUGCAAGAUAAUUGAAGAAUGGCUUGCAGCAGAAUGGACAUCAUAUCAACUUGCAUACUCUUGAGUUUACAACCUAAAUGUAAUUUGCAAUGCCAUUAUAUUCAAACAAAAGAGAAACCCGCAGACUGCUCUUGCUGGUAUUACUUGUUUUGAAAUAUGCUUUAAUUAGAGCAAGAGCAAUGUGCAGGUUUCUCUUUUCUUUGAGGUUAUCAUAUUCCCUCGCACCUGCAACCAGAUAAGUCAGAUGUGCGAGUGUUUUUUGAAAUAAGAAAUACAAUUAUAUCAAAUUAUAUAAGUGAAUAUAUUUUUGUGUAGCAUUUUGUCUGAUUAUUUUGCUGCAGUUGCUGGUCAACUGUAGACAACGUAAAAGUGUAGAUUGUGUUUUUAUAGGAAAAUUCUAUUUUAUUUGGAUUGAAAACGUAACCAGUGUGUUCCUGAGAUCAUUUCCCCCACAUGCCGUACGAUUUUAUGCCAGUAAAUUAAACCAAUAAAUAUUUUGGAGACAGAAUCUGAAUUGACUCAACUAAACGUGUGUCUAUAUCAACUGUCUCAGCAAAUGGGAAUGACUGUAUUCAAAGUUGUACUGGAAAGUUGAUAUUGUAUUUGUUGUUGAGAAUAUGCUAUUUUUGUUUCUGUCUGUUAUCUAUAGGGGUCACUGGUUCCUUAUCAGCUAUUGAGAAGAGAUUUGAAUCUAAACUAAUUUCCCCUUGAGGAUGAAUAAAGUACAAUCUCAUCUCAGUCAGUAUUAGUGUGUAUUACUGAGAGAGUUUGGUGAUCUCUAAAAAGAGAACGGUCAACCGUUUUAUUGAGAUAAGUAUUGUACAGUCAGUUGAUAUAAUGGUAAUCAUUCGGUAACGACAUAACCAUUUCUAACCAUUUUAAUACUGCACAUACUGACAUUCUCCUGACACACUUUGUGAUUGCUAACACCUGUAUGAUUUUCUUCCGUCACUGUUUUGCCCUAAUUAAAACGUGACGAAUAGAAAUGGAUAUGUAGUAUGUUCGAAUAAUAUUAAAACACUACUGCUUAACCAACCAAACUGUAUUUUUCAUCUUAUAUAUAUUCUGGGUGGAUUUUUUUUUAUUUUUAUGUAUUUUUCGAAUUGUAAUGCAAAUAAAGUUUAUGAAAUGACGGGGGGUGGGGGGUUAAAAUAUGCGAGAUGGUGUUGGGUGUCCUCCCCCAAAAGCCCUGUAGCCUUUCUUUGACUAUUGCACCCAUUAAAACUAAAACUCCCUAUUAUGGGGUUCUUUUGUUGACUCUGAGUGACCAUUUGUUGCCAUGUUGGACUAAAGUAGGAGUGAAUAUACUUUAAUAAGAAAUAACAUGCAUCUAAAAUGUUACUCCACAAACAGUUACUGUCGUUUGUCUUUGAAUAAAAACACCACAAUGUAA